AUGAGCUACAUCACGAAGCGCGCGCUGUCCACCCUUAUCCCGCCCAAGGUGGCUUCUCCCAAUGCUAUCGGAUCAUCGCCGAAUGCUCUCCGCAUGCAGAAGGUCGUAAGCUUCUACGAGAAGCUCCCGCGAGGCGCUGCCCCCGAGGUGCAGGCCAAGGGUCUUUUGGGUCGCUACCAGAAGAGGUACUUUGGCAAGAAUGCCUCUGCUAUGCCUCUGGUUCACGUAAUCGGCGCUCUUAUUGCUCUCGGCUACGCUCAGAACUACUACUUCCACUUGCGCCAUCACAAGAACAAUCCCUCCGUUGCCACGACAGACCUACAGAUUGUUAUGGCAGAGCAGAUCACCCACGAUGUGGUAAAGGAAGCACAGUCGGUGGGUGGCCCCGCGCCCAUCGACGACACUGCAUCAACUACCAACAACUCCGCCGGCAACGGCGAGGCGCCCUCGGGCCUAAACACACACGACUUGAACCCUUCCGACGACCCUACUAGCACGAGCGCGACAGCCCCAGCAAGUGCUGCCAACGCGGCGCGACCAUUCGAGACUGCCGAUGGAGGGAUUGGUAACGCCCCCGCCGCGACUUUGGAUCGCCAGGUGACACCCGAUACGCCUUCAAACGAGAAGAGGGAACCGUUAGUGAACGGCGACACAGGCGAGAGCUCCGCAACGGAAUCUCAAAAUGCACUUGGGGAGGGCAGCGUUGGAUCAGACACGGAUAUCAGUCGUCCUGGGAGUGUAGACCCAACGAAGCAGCCAGGUGGACACUUGCGAACUAACUCCACGGUCAAAAAACCUGCAGCGUUCAAGUCUGUUUCUGUGACGAAGAACUUUCUGGCAAAGUCGGCUGUGUCUGCACCCGUUGCACGCCCAGGCGACAAGGUCCCACCAUCUAGCUCUGUAGCCGCAUCAGCUGUGCAGACUGCUAGGCCCCGCCUCGUUGCCAAGUCUGGCGGUAGCAAUACACCACGAUCAUUGGGGAAGCUUAAUGGGGCAGGUUCAGGACCGGACGCCAGCAAAGUGUGGAAUAAGAAUCAACCAAUUCCGCCUGCGCCACCGAAACAAUUCACCGAUGAAGAGCUCAAACAGCAGUACGGUAUUCAUUUGGCAACCAGACUGCAAGCGGACGAGGCUGGAAAAGAGGCGAAAUGGGCAGACAUUGAUGAUGACGAGGAUGACUGGGCCCCGGAAACAGUACAGUGGAUGGACGGUACUAAAUCGACUGUUGCGGCGGAAAAUCAACCACCACCCCCUGAGGAGCCUAAAUCCAUACCGAAGACAGAAGCGCCUGUGGCAGCUGCGAAACCCGCACCAACACCGACACCGGCUUCGAGCACACAGAGGUCCGGUAUGACUAGUGGGACGAAAACAAUCUUGAAGCCAGGAGCAAGCGCGCAAGCAAGUGCUACUAAACCGAAAGGCCAGCCUGAAAAGCCUACACUGGUGUCCAAACCAUCUUCUGCUGCUCCAGUGAAGUCGCCUUGGGCCCAACUACCUCCAGUCGAAAAGGUGUCUCCCAUACAGAUAAAUGCGCCAGCACAACAGCCCCUGCCUCGUUACACCAGAGAUUCAUAUGGUUAUGAUGAAAUGCCGCCCCCGCAUGCUCUGGCGAAGGAAAUAGCACCGGACGAUUUCAAUCGUGCUUGGCGGGAUGAUCGUGGCCAUCGAGAGCUAUUCAAUUCACAUAGUGGUCGCUAUGAGCCAGUCGGCGAAAUGAGACGCGGCUCGGUGCGAGACAAUGCCUACCGUCAACAACCGUCCGUCCUCCAGCGACCAUCACAAGAUGGUCCUGCGGAGCCUUCCGCAGCCUUCCAAACCUCAAGGACAAGCGCCGAUGGGCCGGGCUGGGGCCGACGAAGGAACUCCUCAAAUGUUAGUGGAGGCAGCGGUCGCCGCAUGUCCUUCGAUAGACGGGGUCCCGACCUACCUCCUUUGCCCAUGAACACGCAACGACGAGAUUCGCAAUCGGUAAAUGGUUUCGAUGCUGGCAAUCUAGGUGCGCCACGGCACGCGUUGCCUACCAAGCCAGGAUCUACGGAUCAACCGACAUCGACAGAAGCUGAAGACCUGGCGCAGGCUACAUCUCCAAAUGCGGUGCAUGUACAACCUGCAAACUUGGCACAGACUGCAUCUCCAAAUGCAGUGCAUGUACAACCUGCAUCGCCGUUUGGAUCUGCAGGCUCAAAUGAUACCGGCACGCCUGGUGCUCCCUCACAGAUUCAUAAUCUUGUCGAAGUACAAGAGCGACUCCUACAUUCGAACAUUGAUGCGAUAAAGCUGCGAAAGCAGAGGGAGAAGGAACAGGAGGCGAAGGAAGAAGCAGAACGAAAAGAGCGACUUCGCAAGCGUUUAGAAGCGAUGGGAUUCUCAGACGAUGCUAAAUCGAAAACGAAGGAGACGUCCCCAUCGCGAGCUCCUCAAAAGUCGCCGCAGAAAGAUAAGGCAGUGCCAGCCACGGUACAGUCCCCACCGAAGCCACCUGUGCCCACGUCCGAAGGCGAGGUAGCUCAAUAUGGGAUGAUGAAGGUCCAUCAGGCUCAACCAGUCAGGAAACCAGCCUCUGUUGAACCAGCGUCCAAGCCUGCUGCUUCUAAGCCGAGUCCCUCACCAAAGAAGGCGCAGACUGAAGUCCAGCCGCUGCCUUCACUUGCUCAGUCUAUUACGCCCGUGAACGACUUAUCUCGCGAGAGUAAUAAUUCUAAACCUCGAAACGAUCACGUACAAGCGCAGGCGCAGCAACUGCGACCGGUUGUCGCGGCAGAUGAUAAAGCGAGUCAGCCUCCACAAGGACCUUGGUCAUCGACACUUCCUCCACAGCGUCCAGCUGGCUGGGGCUCGAGCGGCUCGAGCGUUUGGGGACCUCCUCAAACUAGAGACAGGGCUCUUGGGAACGGCACUUUUGGUCAACAGGUGACGGCCCCACCGCAGGCGAGUGUGGCACCGAUUGGACUCAAUUCCUCUGUGAAGAACCUACCUCCGCAGCCGCAGGCCGCUCCCAUCCAGCAGUUCGCGCAACAGAACAUGUACCCUCAAGCUGUACCAAGCCUAGCUCAAGGUAGCGCGGUCCCCAAACCUGGGCCCAUCGCCCCCCCUCCCACUGACAAAGGUUGGGGUAAUUUCCAGGCACAUAUCCGCCAGGAUGACCUCGAUGUACGUGCGAAAGCUGAACGAGAACGCGAACGCGUGGGUGCAGACUUCCGCCCAGAACUCCGGGAAACAUACACAGACCAGAAGGGCAAGACGGAAUCAACACUACACCCUAGGGUGGGUGGCAUCGAUCCUACCAGUUCAAAUACAACUGCUGCGCCCGACAUAAAACCAAAGCACGAGGUUUCCAAAACACAUGAGGGGUCUGCCCCGGCCAGUCAAGGCGCUCCGCAUCAAUCGGCUACGCAAGGCGGCCGCUCAUCGCGCUUUUUCCCUAAACCCCAGCCAGCUGCCAAACAAGAGUCACCUCCACCUCCUGAGACAGAAUCCCAUCCAGCAUUCAGUGGGGACACAUCGCACCCCGUUGUGAAGAUGCCAAAACCCUCACCGCGCGUACGCCUACCGCCUACUGCUGGGGGACCCACGGCGCAGGCUGAGGCGCCUGUGAGUAUGCCGUCCCGCAGUCGCCUUGGUCUCGGAGCGCGACCUCUCGCCCUCACACAGGAAUGGCAAGCGAGGUUCAAUAGCCUUUUGGAUAAGACGCCUGCCCCAGGAGCGGCCCCGGCCCCAAUUACUAGGUCCUCGCCCUCGGUCCAAACAUCGCUCAACUCCAAGCCCGGGUCUCUCGCGAUAGCACCGUCGUCGAAAGCCCCUCUUGAAGUCCGCGAAUCUUCUGCCUCUGCCACCGUUUCCCUUCCAGUAUCUGUCAAUCGAAGAAGCUUCGUCAACGAUGGCAGUAGUGAUAUCACGACUCGCAGCGGCGCUGAAGAUCUCCUGGAGGAUAGAGAAUUUGGCUCUUUGCCGACAGUGAAGGUUCCUAAAACCCCCCAUCUGGCCGCCAAUGAGCCGCCUGUUGGUUUCCCGCCGAAUGGCCGUCAGUAUUCAAAGUAUGGAAGCAAAUUUUACCCUACAAGUAAACCUACUUUGCAGGAGGACAAGCCAGAGAAACAUGACAACACAAUUGAUGUUAUCAUUCGUAUGGGCAAUAUUGAGGAAAUAAUAACGAAGUCAAUGCCAAUCAAGCGCAAAGGAGGCCGAGGUUAUGGUCAACAGAAGCCACGACGCAGUCCCACAAACGGUACGGGCAAUACGCCUUCUACCGGGCAGAACACGCGUACACGCAAGCCUGCAAAUUACCAGGGUCAAGGAACGAGCUCGAAUAGCUCUACUCGCAGCCCUGCAGGCAACGCAUGGUCGAAUAAUCGAUCUGCCCCAGCUCACACCAACCCUUGGACAACCAAGCGGCAAACGCCCUCGGCCCCGGUCCACUAA